CACCUGUCUUAUUUAUUUACUUCUGGUGGUGAAAUGGCGUGCCUGUAACUGUUGCAGCCUGCCACCUUGCUGAGCGCUUUUCAACUUUCCUAUAUAAUUGUGUAGCUCAGGGAAAUUCAGAGUUGAAUCAAUGUAUGUGUUGCUUUCUUUUUGACAGUGGCUGAGUGAGGACAAGUGGCAACACGGGGGUGGUUGUGCGCGUCGCGUCUCGUCUCGUCUCAGUCACUUAUCACAUCCUGGGCGUGCAUGGGGUGUUGUGGCAGGGGAAGCAGCAGAGAGGUAGGCAGCCUGAAGGAAACACACCAAGAAAGAGGCAGCAAAACAGAGUCAGCAAUCUUCAGCCACGGAAAGGAGUGUCGCGUCUUUAAGUGAGCUCUGCUACUGCAAAAACAAACCCACGCACCGCCAUUCGUCACUCGAUCACCAGUUAGAUUUUCUACAUAUGCCAGAAGAAGAGAGAUGAAACAGAACUACUGACCCGGCCUUCAUUCACGUGUUGCAUUGGGACAACAGGUGAUUCAGGCGAUAGUACUGCUCUUGAAUGUAGCUGUUGAGUGAUCUGUCUCUGUGUCUGCUGGCAGGUUACGUCACAGCAACACACGCCCCACAUCCCGCCAUGGUAUCCAACCGACAUCACGUCGUGGAGGAAUUUCUUAAGGCAAUUAAACACCAACCAACAGAGAGGGACACCGGCAACAUGCAAGAAAAACUUGAAAAAAGACCCUCUUGAAUGGCAGUACCCAAAGUGAGGUAAAAACCAACCACUACAUCGGAUAAAUGUCUUGAUGCCUCCUUUUUGAAAGAGUCCAAGUCACAGGAAGGAGGAAAUAGUAACAGGUUUGGAGCUUCAGAGUUCACCUGAAAAAGGGAUGAAUGAUUGGGAAUACUGGUUAACUAAUGCAUUAGAAAGGUGAACAAAACAGAGGUCACAUAAAGUAGGACGUGCAGUGAAGCCAUGGGAGAAGGGGAGGCAUGCAGCAGGGGAGGUAUGCAGCAAGCAAGGUCAGAGUAGCAGUUAGCUUGAAAAUGGUGGUAGGGGAUAGCAUGAAAUGCAACAUUGCAUCAAUGAGAAAGAGGCUGAAGACAGUCAAUUAGAGGAGAGGAGGAGUUAAUAAGGCAAAAUGCUUGGGAUUUCACCCUAUCUAGAAGAGCGGUAAGAGUGGAACCCACCCAUACAUGUGAAACAUUUUCCUUACAUGGACGGAUAAGGCCUCUGUACAGUUAGCAUCUGGGGGAGAGUACCAGAUACCAGUGCCACUCACGAGGUUUAUCGGCACACAACUUUUUUAGGGCAGACUUAAGAGUACCAUGCAGUCGCUCUACACGCCCAUUUCCCAGUGAAUGGAAAGGAGUGGUGAACAUGGGUUUUACCCCCAACAAUUUAUGAAGCUCAGCCAUUAGAUUGGAUGUAAACUCAGGCCCUUGAUCAGAAAGUAUUUAUCUGGGGAUUGUGACUCUGGCAAAGAUGGCGAGUAAUGGCUUGGAGACAGAGGUGGUGUCGAUGUUCUUCAAAAGGCAUGGCUUCUGGAAAACCAGUAGAGAAGUCGAUCAGCGUCAGAAAGUAGCGGUGUCCUUCUGAAGAUGGUGGGGACAGUGGUCCCACUAUGUCAAUAGCAACCCUGGAGAAUGGUUCGGUAACGAUGGGUAGAGGUUGGUUCGGUAACGAUGGGUAGAGGUUGCAAAGGUACCGGUCGUAACCGUCCCUUGGGUGAGAAGUACUGACACUUGUCACAGGGGCGACAGUAGUCUUUUAUGUCUGCCCCCAUCCCUGGCCAGAAGAAAUCUUGCGAGAUUUUCAUCUGCAUCUUUCUGUGAGAGAAAUGUCCAGCCAGGGGCCCUUCAUGAACAACACGUAAUAUAACAGGGCGACAUACCUUCGGAAUGACAAGGCAAGCAUUAUCCGCUCGAUGAGGGCAACUGGACGAGAUGCACUUACGGUACAAAAGAUCAUCUUCGUACACAAAUUUGUAGGUAGAGCCAUUCCGCGCUUCCUCUUUUUCGCCUGACGCAGCUUUAAUUGCUUCGGACUCCUAGCGAUGGACAUGAACCUUGCAGCCGUAUGAAUUCCUGCUGAGUCACCUUCAAAGGCUGUAGCCUGGGCAGGACGAGGGGAUGAACUCUCUUAACUCUCUUCAGACGGCUGGCUCGUGUCUGUACCGCACACACCUGGGUGGUAGAGGAGGGAUUGACAGGCGAAGACAUGGUAGAAGAAGGAACAGAUGGACUAUCGGAUGAUCGGCACGGGGCAUCAUAAUGGCUAACAUCAACUUCCUGAAGUAACUCAGCAGCAGGAAGAUCUACGGUUUCAGGAACGUUAUCAGCCAGUACGGUAGCGAAUUUGAGCGGUGCCUGGCGGCGUUGACCCAGCCAGAAUAGUAAGGGCAUCGAAGGAAGCAUUGCACCAGGGGAAAUUCGUCAGUACGCCCAAGAUAAUCAGCUACCUUAAUCUUUGGGCACCAUGCAGGAUCUACAUCAGGCAGUACUUAUUCCGAGAGGAUCACACCAGUGCAACCAGAGUCUCUAAUGAUGGUGGAAGUCCAUGAGUCAUUGACAGUCCCGCCGACAGAGUAAAGAGGCACACUAUGGUCCGCGGACAAAAAUUUACCUUAAAUGCUCCACUACUGGAGGCUAGGUCCUUGAACGAUCGAGGCUUCUUGGUACAAUUGGGUCUAAUAUAUCCUUGUUCCCCACAAUUGUAACACUUGACAGAGGUGGGGGCUUUCCGGCCAGUAGGAGGAACUUGCGGCUUCUGAGAUGCAUCAGCGCGCUGAGGAGGCUUCCUGUGUUGACUGGAGGAGGCCCUGAGGAGCUGGUCAUUGCUGUAAGGGAAGGAGACGAGGCAAGGGUGAGGUCGGCACUCAACAUGGGUGCCCGGCCCGACGUCACCGUCCCGACUACUGAUGGGGCGUCAUGCAAUCUGCUGACCCUGGCCGCCAUCAAGGGCCACGACCACCUGCUACCUCACUUACUGCAGGCGGGGUUAAGCAUAGAAGGUGGAGGCACCACUGACUGGACACCACUGAUGGCGGCUGCCCUGUAUGGUCACACCCAGACAGUGAAGGCACUGCUGAACCUCCGCGGUAACCCUUUGGCAACGGAUUCUACAGGAUGGACAGCCCUACAUUUUGCUGCAAUGGAGGGCCACCAGCAGUGUUUGGCGGCCCUCUUGCCCAUCACCCCUCCCACUCCCGCACACCUCGAGGCAUAUACCCCGGUGCACGCCGCCAGUUAUGAAGGCCACGUGGAGAUACUGGAGCAGCUGGUAGGUGCUGGUUGGCCCUUCACCACCAAGGACAGUGAUGGCGACACACCCAUGCACUGUGCUGCGGCCGGGGGUAGCGUGACAUGUCUGCAAUGGCUGGUGCAGCGAGGGGGUGAUCCAAGCGUGCAAAAUAAUGCUGGAAACACCCCACUUGACCAGGAGCUGGUCACUGCUGUAGGGGAAGGAGACGAGGCAAGGGUGAGGUCGGCACUCAACAUGGGUGCCCGGCCCGAGGUCACUGUCCCCACUACUGAUGGGGCGUCAUGGAGUCUGCUGACCCUGGCUGCCAUCAAGGGCCACGACCACCUGCUACCUCACUUACUGCAGGCGGGGUUAAGCAUAGAAGGUGGAGGCACCACUGACUGGACACCACUGAUGGAGGCUGCCCAGCAUGGUCACACCCAGACUGUAAAGGCACUGCUGGACCUCCGCGGUAACUCUCUGGUCACGAAUAGUAGAGGAUGGACAGCCCUACACUUUGCUGCAUGGGAGGGCCACCAGCAGUGUGUGGCGGCCCUCAUGCCCGUCAUCCCUCCCACUCCCGCACACCUCGAAGCAGACACCCCGGUGCACGCCGCCAGUUAUAAUGGCCACGUGGAGGUACUGGAGCAGCUGGCAGGUACUGGUUGGCCCCUCACCGCCAGGGACAGUGAUGGUGACACACCCAUGCAUUGUGCUGUGUUGGGGGGAUGUGUAGCAGCUGUACAGUGGCUGGUGCAGAGAGGUUGUGACCCACAUGUGCAAUCGAAGGCUGGACGCACCCCGCUGGAGUUAGCCGUCCAGUAUGGCCGCCAUGAGGUGGAGAUCUGGCUGGAGAAAAAUUGCAGCGGUGUUGUGAGGAGCAAGAUUCUGCGUGUGGAGGAAGUGAUGGAGUGGCGGAGUAGGCAUGAAGACCAACACAACAUCAUCUUGUCCCUGCUGGUGGAGGGCAAGGAGGCAGACAUGGAAUUCAUCCCCGAGGUUUAUGAUGGUCACGCGCUGAGCCAAGAUGGCCUGACGCCUCUCCACGCCGCGGCGCUGUGCGGGGCUCCCAGUGGUGCUGUGGAGGCUUUGCUGCGACGCGGCGUGAGCCCUCAUGUGACUACCCCUGACAACAUGACUCCUGCUGAGCUGGCACAGCAGAAAGGCCAUGACUCAGUGAUUAAGGGACUACAGCGCCACCACUGUGAACAGAGCGGCGCGCCUCCUGAAGACCUGCAUAAGGAGCUGCUCUCAACAAUUAGUCGCCGGGACGACGUGCAGGCGGUGUCCACCCUCCUGUGUAUGGGCGCGCCCAUAAAGCUCCUGGGUGGCCAUUCCGUCCUCAGACUGGCUGUCACCACUGACCGUAUAAACACCGUCAGCCUGCUACUGGGUAGCAGUGCACCGCUGUCUGCCAGCCUGCUGCAGGAGGCUUGGCAAAGCCCCGACGUGACUCACAGGGUGCUGGCCUUCCUCACCACCGCCUACAGCUGCCGGCUGCGUGCAGAGCAGCGUCGCUUAGAAAAGUUCAGCAGCGCCCUUGUCGAGGGCAUCGACAAUCUGGUGAAAACCAUCGAGGGAAAUACUCCCUGGCAGGCAGCCUGGCGAUGGGGAAAAGAGACUGACCGACCAGCACUGAGCGACCUCCUGGCAAAGGCUGCAGCUGCCAACUGCCCCGUGAUUGCCGCCUUCCUGCAUAGGGCAGGAGGGUGGACAUUUUUUAAUGGAGCCUCUGGUGGCACUGCCCUCCACGCUGCCCUGGAGGCUGGCCACAAAGGCAUGGCCGAGCUCCUGAUCAGGGACCUUGGGGGCUGCCCAUACAUACCGGACACACAUGGUCGCCUUCCAGUGCACAUGAUGCCCAACGAGGAGCAACAGAGUCUGGAGCAGAAGCUCUUUAUGGCGGAGCGUGAAAAACUGGAGAAUAUGGAGCUUCGCUUGAAGGCAGAUCACGAGAAGACCGCAGCACGGACAGCGCUCUGUAUACAGGAGGAUCUUUUUGACGGCCACAAGAAGGGCAUGGGUAAGAAUGUCUCCUCACCUGAUGGCCGCGCCGCCCUGCUGCUUGCUUCAUGCAAAGGUCUCCUGCAGCUGACUCAUCUUAUACUGCAAGAGGGUCACUUCCCAGUGGACGAGGUGCUGGACCACACCUGCGGCACCACCGCCCUUCACCAGGCGGCCUCGCACGGCCAGGAUGGCUGCGUGGCGCUCCUGCUGAGCAACGGCGCCAACACACAGCAAUACGACACCUAUGGCCAGACGCCCCGCCACCUGGCCGCUAUGUUUGGCCACAAAAGUACUUUUGAACUCCUGGCACACCAAGAGGCGCAGGACCCUCCUUGCCGCGCGGGUACCACGGCCACACAGGUGAGAGAAAAUUUUAAAGUAUUUCACAAUAUGUAUUAUAAGUAUAAGCGUAAUCUAUUAGAUAUUGUCGACCGUCAUAACCCCGAAAGAGUCAUAAGAACUCUUGUGAAAUCCUUAGGCCUGCAAAAGCUGCAGGAGGAGGCUCAGCAGGUGGCUGUGGAUCUAUCAAAAGGCGAGGCCCUUGAGGUAAAGGAGGCGGUCAUGGCGGAAAUAAGCAUCAUCAUGAAUAAGGUGUCAUCCGCUGACCCCACCUACUGUGGUGACCUGAGGCUGGCGGGCAGUUCUCAAGAUGGCUCUAAGCUUUACGCCCCUGACGAAUUUGAUAUAAACCUCGUGAUUCACAAGGAUGACGUAGGAAUAACUGUAAGCGAGAGAGGGAAGAAAGAAGCCCCGUUGAAGGGCAGGUUAAAGAUUUCUGUAAAGACUGACAAUCCCCACCUUGAGGGUAAUAGAUUUAUGGCCAGUUUGUACGAGAAGGUGCACUGGUGCCUCGCUGGCUAUACCCUGCAGGACGAAAGACUGAGCCUGGUGCCGCCGGGCCUGACCAGCACGCAAGUGGGCGUGGGACUCUCUCUGGCCUGGCAGGGGCGGGAGUAUCCAUUGUUGCUGAUCGGCGUGGACCUAGUGCCAGUGCUUGAGGUGCCAUGGCUGGAGCAAGUUUCCAGACCCUUCCUCACUCCUGAGGACACCACCACCAUGCAGCUUAGUAAUGCUGCAGAUGGAACAUGGCGCUGCAGCUUUGCCUUGACAGAGGCUAAGGUGCUGGGGACAUUGACACCCGCAGAGCGCCAGGUACAGCUGAUGGGGAAAGUACUUCUUUCCCGCCUGAAGCCCGAGCGAUGGAUGCCUCGGCACAAAAAGAGCUUCUUCAAAUGGUUUGCCACACGGGAGUGGAACAUCGCAGUGCCAAGCGGAUUCUGUUUCAAGAACGCCCUCCUGCGGUGGCUGGAGCAUAGACGGUGGAGGGAGGUAGAGAUUGGGGCUGGACAGGAGCAGGACCACACCAAGAAGUUGAGGGCUGAACAGAAGGGGGACCACACCAAGGAGUUGGAGGCUGGACAAGAGGAGAACCACACCAAGGAGUUGAGGGCUGGACAGAAAGGGAACUAUGCCAAGGAGUUGGUGGCUGAACAGAAGGGGGACCAUGCCAAGAAGUUGGGGGCUGGACAGAAGGGUGACCAUGCCAAGGAGUUGGGAGCUGGACAGAAGGGGGACCAUGCCAAGGAGUUGGGGGCUGGACAGGAAGGAGACCAUACAAAGGAGUUGGAAACUGCACAGGAGAGGGACCAUGCCAAGGAGUUGGAGCCGGGCCGGGAAGGGGACCCCGCCAGAUGGCUGGUGGAGGUAUUCAGAUUGAUGUGUGCGAACCCAGAAGAGUCACGAGAGCACCUGACAACUCAAAACAGCUUCGCCUACUUUGGAGGAGACUGUGAGGGGCGGAAGCCUGGGGACGGGGCGCCCGUCAUCGUGCAGUGUCUGGAGGAGGGUUUGGAAAAGUUGUGCUCUAGCUCGGCCUCAGCCAAGACAACCAGGCUGCGGCGACGAAAGUAUUAGAUGCAGACCCUUGUGUGGCACAGCUGUGAGCUGUGCCACGCGUUGUAAGACUCCCCGCCCCACACACACAGGAACACAAGUGCUUGGUGCUCGAUUUUCAGAUUCAAUAGUUUAUAUAGCCAAUUAGUUGUGAAACUGAUAUAAAAAAAAAUAGAGAGAUUUUCAUGGUGCGAGCCUAGUGAAAGAAAAUACUCUCUUAAUAGGCUCUCAUCUGUGUACACUUGUUGGCUCCUAUGAUACUACAGGCUGAGUAACGUAAUAGUACUAGCUGAGGUAAAUGCCACAAUUGGCCAGUAAAUACAAGAGUAUAAGAUAAUAGUCAACUUGCAUGUUGUAUGGUGAAACAGGUUCUAGAUAUAUCUCUGAAUUAAUUGAUGAUAGGCUUAUAAGUUUUUUUAUUUUUAUUUGCAAACGGCAGUGACAUUAGGAUAUCAAAUAUUUUGUAUAAGUUUAUUAAGACAAUGUAUGAUCUGGGUGUAUAUAAAGCACUUUGGUUUGAUAAGAUAAUUACAUAUAAGUUAUCAAAUCUAAAUGGAAUGUCACAUUUGUACAACCAAGUACCAAAUGCAAGUGGUAAUUGGUUAAAAGAAACUUUUAAGUUAAGGACUUGUGAUAUUUAUUGGCGGAGAUUGUCUGAAGAAACUCAUAACAGGCCAGCAUGUCUUCAUUAUAGGAUGAUGACAAUGGAAGGAAAAUUACAGAAGUAUUUAUCUGUUCUCGUUAAACAACACUCAUUUGCCAUAAGUAUGUUCAAGUGUGCAAAUAAUAAGCUACCUAUUAUAAGUGGUAGGUAAAGGAAUGCAAGUGUAGAAAACUGGAUUUGUUCUUUAUGUGAUCUUAAUGACAUAGGGGAUGAAACUCAGUGUUUAUUCAGAUAUCCUUUUUUUUUCAAAAAAUUAGCAGAAAAUACAUUAAGAUAUAUUGAUUUACUAAUGUAAAUGCAAUAAAAAUAGAGGAAUUCUUUGGAGUGAGAAACUUGACUAUUCUUGUUAAAUAGUGUUAAGUUCAUCAAAGAAAUAACUUGUUAUUUUAAAGAAAACUUAUAAGAAGUAAUUGUUACCUGAUAAGUGAUGUCUGCAUUUAGUAUGUACAGUAUAACAGUUUGUACUCUCAUACCCCGCCUGGGGACGCUUUCAAACCUUCCAAGCAGACAUCUCAUAUUUGCAAACUUAUAUAUGUAAAUAAAUCAUUGCCUUGUAUUUCUCCAUAAACACAAAACUAUUUCUCUCUGUACUGUGAAAAGUGUUGUGUGAGUAAAUCAAACACAAAAACUGA